AUGCGCUCCAAAGACAGAAUCGCUUACUUUUACGACGGUGAUGCGGGUAGUGUUUACUUUGGGCCGAACCAUCCCAUGAAGCCUCACCGCCUUUGCAUGACUCACCAUCUUGUUCUCUCGUAUGAUCUUCAUAAGAAGAUGGAAAUUUAUCGCCCACACAAAGCUUAUCCUGUUGAGCUUGCCCAGUUUCAUUCCACUGAUUAUGUUGAGUUUUUGCACAGGAUUACACCUGACACUCAGCACUUGUUCUCAGAUGAACUGUCCAAAUAUAAUCUCGGAGAAGACUGCCCUGUAUUUGACAACUUAUUUGAAUUCUGUCAGAUUUAUGCUGGUGGAACUAUAGAUGCAGCAUGUCGACUGAAUAACCAUUUGUGUGAUAUUGCUAUAAACUGGGCCGGUGGACUACAUCAUGCCAAGAAAUGUGAAGCCUCUGGAUUUUGCUACAUCAAUGACUUGGUUUUAGGGAUCUUAGAGCUUCUUAAAUUUCAUCCCCGUGUUUUAUAUAUUGAUAUAGAUGUGCACCAUGGAGAUGGUGUAGAAGAAGCCUUCUACUUUACUGACAGGGUGAUGACUGUCAGUUUUCAUAAGUAUGGAGAUAUGUUCUUUCCAGGAACUGGUGAUGCUAAGGAAAUAGGAGAAAGAGAAGGGAAGUUUUAUGCAAUAAAUGUCCCGCUCAAGGAUGGAAUUGAUGACUCUAGCUUCACUAGACUUUUCAAGACUAUUAUUUCCAAAGUAGUUGAAACAUAUCAACCUGGUGCAAUAGUUCUCCAGUGUGGAGCAGAUUCACUUGCUGGAGAUCGUUUGGGUUGCUUCAAUCUCUCUAUUGAUGGCCAUGCUGAGUGUGUUAGAUUCGUGAAGAGAUUUAAUUUGCCCUUACUGGUCACUGGAGGCGGGGGAUACACAAAAGAAAAUGUUGCUCGAUGUUGGGCAGUUGAAACUGGAGUUCUUCUAGAUACAGAGCUUCCAAAUGAGAUUCCAGAGAAUGAUUAUAUUAAAUAUUUUGGACCAGACUUCUCAUUGAAGAUUCCAAAUGGGCACAUAGAAAAUUUAAACAGCAAAUCAUAUCUUAGCACAAUAAAAAUGCAAGUCUUGGAAAAUCUACGCUGCAUACAACAUGCACCGAGUGUGCAAAUGCAAGAGGUCCCACCUGACUUCUACAUUCCUGAUUUCAACGAAGAUUUGCAGAAUCCUGAUGAGCGCAUUGAUCAGCACACUCAAGACAAGCAGAUCCAGCGGGAUGAUGAAUAUUAUGAAGGUGACAACGAUAAUGAUCAUCAAACGGAUCUUUGA